AUUAUACAGAUAAGGAAAAAUAUAUAAGAAAUGGUGGUCGGAGGUGAGGGAGAAAGAUCAUUGGAGGAAACGCCGACAUGGGCCGUCGCCCUCGUCUUUGUGGUUUUGGCUGGGGCUUCCCUUCUCAUUCACUACACCAUCCAUCUUCUAGGAAAGGUUUGUUUCUUUCGGCAUCUCACACGUCCUGUCACUAAAGUUGAUUAUCAUACCCUCAGACAUGGAUUUAUCAUGGCUCAUUUGACACCCAGGGAGACAAAAUUCAACUUUCACAAGUACAUCAAAAAAUCACUGGAAAAUGAUUUCAAAGUGGUUGUUGGAAUUAGUCCUCCAUUGUGGCUUUUUGCAAUUUUCUUCCUUUUGUUCAAUACUAAAGGAGGCUGGUAUUCCUACAUAUGGCUUCCUAUUAUUCCACUGAUGAUUACAAUGGUGGUUGGCACCAAGUUACAAGUGAUCAUCACAAAAAUGGGGCUAAGGAUUCAAGAUAGAUAUGAAAUUGUAAAGGGGGUUCCUGUGGUUGAACCGGACGAUGGCCUAUUCUGGUUCAAUAGUCCUCGACUAUUUCUGUUUCUCAUUAACUUUAUUCUCUUUCAAAAUGCAUUCGAAUUCGCCUUCUUUGUUUGGACUUGGUAUACAUUUGGGCUGGGAUCGUGUUUCCUUGAGCAUGUGGAGGAUAUCAUUAUCAGAUUGACAAUGGGCAUUCUUGUACAAGUCAUAUGCAGUUAUGUUACCCUGCCUCUCUAUGCCAUUGUAACACAGAUGGGCUCAAAGAUGAAACCUGCAAUUUUCAACGAGAGGAUAGCAAUGGCAUUACAGCGCUGGCACCGCGCAGCGAAGAAACGAAUUAAAGACCAGAACAAUAUUAAUGACAGUAAUUUGGUGACUUUGAUAUCAAGCCGACCAGGAACACCUCCAAACCAUAGCAUAUCUCCAGUGCACGUCCUUCAUGGCCAAGGUCCAUAUUUAAGCGAAAUGGACAUUAUGAGUAGAGGUUCAAUCAACUAUGCAAGAUAAAUUUGAUUUUCGAUGAAUUAAUUGAGCAUUAGGACCGGAGUGAUGAAAAUGGUGGCGGCUCCAGCCCAGCAUCGAACGACCAUUACCAAAUGUACCAUCUUCUUAUUUGAACAUGACAUUGCACCAACAUGGUGAUAAUAAGAUUGGACUGAAGUACUAAUGAAACUUGUCAACAGUUUCUUGUAAAGAAUAAAAAUGUCAUUUGUCAAACAUUGGAGCAAACCUGUUGUGUUUUUCACCUAUACCCGAUAUGUUGUUUCUUG